AUGGCAGCCUCACAAGCCCAUUUCCUGCUGAUUGCAUCCCUGGUGAGCAGCUUGGGAGCAGGGCAGUGCCUGAUGCAGGAUGCAGCCCUGCUGAGCUACAUCAACCAGCGUUUUCUGUCUCUGGAGAAGAGGCUGGAGAAGUGCAACCGAGACGUGCUGGAGUACGUGGAGGAAUUCCGAGAGUUUUCUACGAGGGUGCUGUCCCGCCUGGCAAGGCUGAGCUCUGGCAAGGCUGAGGUUCAGAGGGAGGUUGAGGCUUUGCUAAUGAGGGUUGAGCAUGCACAGAGGGACAUCGACUACUUCGGAUCCACCGCGGACUCCAACGCCUGUGUGGAAGUGCACGAGGACCUGCUGGAGCAGCAGCUUCUGGAAGAGGAGGAAGGAAAAAAGAGGCUUAAACUCAUGCUUAAUGCAAGUUGUGACCAUGGGCUUGCAGGUAUUAGGUCCCUAAAGGUGGUUAAGAAGACUGGAGGAAAGCAUGGCUCUUGGAUGAAAGAUCCUGGUAAAAAGCACGCCAAGAUUUACUUAUUAAAUGGCUCUGUAAAUAAUGUAAUUUUGGAAUUUGAAAAUAUCAUGGCUUUCAUGGAAAGCAACCAGACACUGAAGGCUCGCAGAGUCCCCUUGCCAUUGCCCUGGGAAGGAACUGGCCACGUCAUCUAUCAGGGUUUCCUCUUCUACCACAGACACGGCUCCCUAAACGAGAUCAUUAAAUUCAAUAUCCAGAGAAGAAAUGUAGCUGGCCGGAUGCUGCUGCCAGGGGCUGGAAGGAUUCCUGCCUACCAGCUCUCUGCACAGACAAAAAUUGACCUGGCUGUUGAUGAGCAGGGGCUGUGGGCUCUCCACGCAGAGCCAGAGACCGGGGGCAACAUCGUCAUCACCAAACUCGACGGCGCAGCCAUGGCCGUGGAGCACAGCUGGGACACCCCCUGCAGCAGCAGGGAUGCUGAGGCAGCAUUUAUGGCCUGCAACACCCUGCACGUGGUCCACAACUCUCCUUCUGGGGGCUCCUCCCGCAUCCAGUGUGUUUAUGAUGUUCUGGGUGCUCUCAGUGCUUACCUGAACCCAGGACUGCAGCUCCCGAAACGCCACGGGAGCCACUCCACUGUCCAUUACAAUCCCAAAGAAAAGCAGCUCUUUGCUUGGGGUGAUGGCUCCCAGAUCAUCUACAAGCUUCACACAGAGCAAAAAGUUUAA